CAACCUCUCACAUAUACACCACCAAACCCCCCAUUUCCCUCCUCCUUCAUUCUCUUCUUCUUCUUCUUCUUCUUCUUCAUCAUGAGCUUUGUUCAGAGCCUCCAGAAGAGAAUGCCAACAAGCCAGGGUGCCCUACCCGUCUCCCAGGGCUCAGGGCUAGACCAGGCCCCGGCUCUCCGGCGGAGGCUGUCCUCUCUCUCCCUCAAGCUCCAGCCAAUCUCCUCGCCGGCCACCUCAUGGGCCAUGCAGCGGUCCAAGUCCGUCUCCGCCAUGGGCGAGUACGCCGGCGGCUCCAUUAAGAGAUGGUGGGACUGGGGCUGGACCUGGGUUCUGUCCAGAAAACCCAUCUUCGCUCAGGAUCUGGAGAUGAACGAGGAGGAGACCAAGAUUCUCGGCUCCGACAACAGAGGCAGCUGGAGGCAUGUCUUCUUCAAGGUCCGGUUUGAGCUAAGGAAGCUCAUGAGCUCCAACAACGUCACCACUCUCCCGCAAACUUACAGGCCCUACGACUCGUUGAACUACCCCAAGAACAAGAAGUGAAGAUCGGAAUUGAAGGUUAUAUGUUCUAUGUUCCUGUUCUUGUUACGCAUCCAGAAUGAAGAAGAUUGAUUAUACGAUUGUUAUUAGAUGAUAUCUUUUGUUGUUCUAUUAUGUGGGGGCUUGUUAUAUAUAGAACUACUUGCUGCUUUCGUCGUUGCUCUUCGGUUCGGAUCGUAAUCCUCUUUUGGAUUCUCUGCAAUUUGUUUUGUCGGUGCGGAUAUUGGGGAUCCGGAAUUUACGAGUUCCGUCGUCGGCGCCGGUGAUGAACCAACCGAAUGGGAAUUGCAGGGUUUUGCUGGUGCUUGUUAUCAUAUUCUUAAUUAGAUAGCAUUUCAUUCAUUAGUAAAUACCGACUUUAUCAUGAUUGUUAUUAUGUUUAUUUUUUUAAUUAAAGGCAAUUACUUUGCAGACAGCUCCAUUAAUUUGUAUUAAUAUUAUGUGCUAGUUUUUUUAGUAUUAUGGAAUAUUCAUGAGC